AUGGCGCCCUGCACUGCCACACCCUGCUUUCAGAGCCUCCCUGGACCUAGAGACACUAGGGAGGGGGAGGGCGUCGCCCUUAGGACUCUGCAGGCGACAGAGGAAGAAGCCAGCUCGGCGGGCGAGGCCCUGCACAGGGGACGCAAGGGACCAGAGCCAUGUGUGCUGGCCCUCACCAGUCUGAGGCAGGAGCAUUACUCCGCAUCUCCGGAAUCCCGCCGCGACUGCGCACUAGUCGCGGGGAAUCCCCCGCUCCGGGAGGGGCGAGAGGGAAAUUCCGAGAAGUUGCCAAGGAGACAAAACCGCCUUAUCACGCGCCGCGCAUGCGCCGAGUAUUUGCCCCUCACCUGGGCUUGGGGGGGCGCGUGCCCUGCGCGCAUGCGCCAGCCCUGGCUGCGCGUCCUCGGGGACUCGGGGAAUCCUCCACCGCCCCAGCGCCACGCGGGCCGGGAAAACCGGCUCGAACCAGAGUGGAGCUCCCGCCAGGGCGGCGGGGCCGGGCUGCCCGCCAGCGGUGUCUUCCCCGCGUGCCUGCCCUCGCGGUCGCCAUGGCAACCACGCGGGGCUGCAGAGCGGGGGCGCCGGGGAAGCCGGGCCGGUGUGCGCAUGUGCCGCCGGAGCAGGGGUUCCCCUCGGCGGGGACGCGGCCGGGGCGGCGGGGCCAAGGGACCCGCGGGGCUGCAGCUGCAGCGGAGCCGGGCGUCCCGGGAAUUACCGCGCUCGCCGCACUGCGGCGUGGCGCACACCGGACCGGGACCCCGGCUGCGCCGGUCCCCACGCGUCACGCUGGUGCAUCUGCGCGUGGCCGUGCGCUGGGGACAGUCCCCUGUCGUAGGCCGCCUCGCGGCUGUGCCUUUGUCAUCAGCAAAGCUUCCUUCCUCCCGUCUCUCCUUUGUGGGUUCUCACGCCCUUGCCUGGCUGGCGGUUCACUUGGACGCAGGGGCUCCAGCAGCUGAGGCCGGGACUGCCGGCUUCCCUAAACCGGCCAAUGCUCCAGAGACCUGCGGGAACCGCGGGUAUCCGUUCCUUCGUUUCCCCCAGACCACCCCGAGCUGGACUGACCCCAAACGACCUCGGAGUCCCUGGGAAAGAGGGCUGAGCUCUAGGGUGCAGAAAAAAAGAGCCACGGCUGAGGGACAACUUCGAGGUACUGAAGAACACAGGCCUCAGGUUGGUGGCUUCGAGAGCCCCUUGAACCCCAGGCUCCAGGACCUUUCCACACUCUGCUUCAGUGCAGCCAUGACCAACUGUCUCACCUUUGCCGUUUUUUUGGCUAGUCCUAUCUGGCUUCACCUCUACAACUGGACGCUCACUGUGUCAAGUGGUCCCCGUAGGAAGCGGCUGAUCCUGAGAUGCCUUGGAUUGUUCUGGAAUGGCCAUGGUGAUGUUCAUUGUUUUGUGUCUCCACAGGUCUGUUCUGGUGCCCCGCUGCUGAGCCAUGCUGGGCCGCAUGUGGGGCGACCUCUGGGCAGCGGGCCUGAAUUCUUGGGCUGGGAGCCGGUGGACCCUGAGUCGGGCCGCCCCCUGCAGCCUGCCCAAGGUCCAGGCCUGCGGAUGGUGGCCAAGGGCCAGCCUGCUCACUUGUCACCUGCUGGCCCCAGGAGCCAUCCCCAGGAGCAGGAGGAGAAAGAAGAGGAGGAAGAUGAGUCCCGGCCGGGUUCUAGGAAGCCCCCUACAGUCAGUCACCGCUUGGGCCACCGCAGGGCCCUUUUUGAGAAGCGCAAACGACUCAGUGACUAUGCUCUUAUCUUUGGCAUGUUUGGGAUUGUUGUCAUGGUGACAGAAACAGAGCUGUCCUGGGGUGUGUACACCAAGGGGUCACUGUACUCGUUUGCUCUGAAGUGCCUCAUCAGCCUGUCCACUCUCGUCUUGCUUGGCCUUGUGGUCCUCUACCAUGCCCGCGAGAUUCAGCUGUUCCUGGUGGACAAUGGUGCUGAUGACUGGCGCAUUGCAAUGACGUGGGAGCGAGUCUCCCUGAUUUCGCUGGAGCUGGCCGUGUGCGCCAUCCACCCGGUGCCCGGUCACUACCGCUUCACGUGGACAGCGCGGCUGGCCUUCUCCCUGGUGCCGUCGGCGGCGGAGGCGGACCUGGAUGUGCUUCUGUCCAUUCCCAUGUUCCUGCGUCUCUACCUGCUGGCUCGCGUCAUGCUCUUGCACAGUCGCAUCUUCACUGACGCAUCAAGCCGCAGCAUCGGGGCCCUCAACCGUGUCACCUUCAACACGCGCUUUGUCACCAAGACACUCAUGACCAUCUGCCCUGGCACCGUACUGUUGGUCUUCAGCAUCUCCUCCUGGAUUGUCGCUGCCUGGACAGUGCGCGUGUGUGAGAGGUACCAUGACAAGCAGGAAGUGACCAGCAACUUCCUGGGCGCCAUGUGGCUCAUCUCCAUCACCUUCUUGUCCAUCGGCUACGGAGACAUGGUGCCACACACCUACUGCGGGAAGGGCGUCUGUCUGCUCACUGGCAUCAUGGGAGCAGGCUGCACUGCGCUGGUGGUGGCUGUGGUGGCCAGGAAGUUGGAGCUCACCACGGCUGAGAAACACGUGCACAACUUCAUGAUGGACACGCAGCUCUCCAAGCGGGUCAGAAAUGCUGCUGCAAAUGUUCUCAGGGAGACAUGGCUCAUCUACAAACACAGCAGGCUAGUGAAGAAGCCAGACCAAGGCCGGGUUCGGAAACACCAGCGUAAGUUCCUCCAAGCCAUCCAUCAGGCUCAGAAGCUUCGGAGUGUGAAGAUUGAACAAGGAAAAGUGAAUGAUCAGGCCAACACGCUGGCCGACCUUGCCAAGGCGCAAAGCAUCGCAUAUGAAGUGGUGUCCGAGCUGCAGGCCCAGCAGGAGGAGUUGGAAGCACGCCUGGCCGCCCUGGAGAGUCGCCUGGACGCCCUGGGCGCCUCCCUGCAGGCCCUGCCAGGCCUCAUCGCCCAAGCCAUAUGCCCUCUGCCACCUCCCUGGCCAGGGCCUGGUCGCCAGGCCCUAGCCACUCAGAGCCCACCAGGCCACUGGCUGCCCACCCUGGGGUCGGACUUCGGGUGACUGACUGCGGGUCACCGUACUGCUAAAUCUUGGCCAUCAUGUGGCUACAGCUAGCUCCUCCUCAUUCUGGACCUCUGGAUUUGCAAGCCUGUGAGGAGCUGAGCCGAGAGAACUGGCAUUCAUUCCCCCAGACUGGACUAUGGGAUCUUGCUGGGCCCCUGGCUGUCCUAAGCCCCAGGAGGGCAAGCAGGGGUCCCUUGCCGUUUCUUAGUAAAUCAGAAGACACCAACCGCUUUCUGUUUACAUGGCAGGGGGACCCUGAGCUUCUCCCCAAAGGAGGUGGGUGUCCCAGCCGGAGGAUUCCCGAAUGGUGGGGUCAGUGCUCACACACUGAGUGCCUAAAGUUUAUACAAUGACUUUUCUUCAGGAUCUAUCUGACUGGAGUAAGAUACAGGCUCAGAGGUGAGCCUUGCCUACAGCCACGCAGCAAGGGUGGAUAGAUUCCACUUGCUGGUUCUGACAUCAAAUAAAGUGUUAAUGGGAGGGUCAGACUUGGAGGUGGUGGGAGGCCAGGGCUACAGGCAAGCAGAAUGGCCAGGUCCUUCCAGGCCUUGGGUUCCAGGCUUUGGCCACUUGGGGAACACUGGGAUCCCUGACAGCGAUAGGUGGCAAUCAGGACCA